AUGGGUCUGUUUGGCAAAUCGCAGGACCGUAACCCGAAAGAUAUGGUCCAAGAAUGGUCGUCCAAGCUACGCAAAGAAUCAUUCGCACUCGACCGACAGAUACGCUCCAUCCAGCGGGAGGAAGAUAAAAUUAAACGAUCGCUCAAAGAAGCGGCCAAAAAGAAUGACAAAGAGGUGUGUACCAUCCUCGCGAAAGAGCUCAUCCGUUCGCGGAAAGCGAUCAACAAAAUCUACACCAGCAAAGCGCACAUCAAUUCCGUGCAGCUACAGAUGAAGAACCAGAUGGCAACGGUGCGCGUCGCCGGUUCGUUGGCCAAGUCGACCGAAGUGAUGCAGGCGAUGCAGGCGCUCGUCAAGCUGCCUGAGGUUGCCGGUACGAUGCGCGAAAUGUCCAAGGAGAUGAUGAAGGCCGGCAUCAUCGAGGAAAUGAUCGACGAAACGAUGGAAUCGCUCGAAGACGUGGAGGAGAUGGAAGAGGAAGCGCAAAAGGAGAUCGACAACGUGCUGUGGGAGAUUACGGCUGGUAAGCUUGGUGAGGCGCCGGCCACGCCGCUUGCAACUCCCUCGAAAGAUGGACCGUCGACGUCGCGUGCCGAGGAGGAGGAACCGGAGGAUGAAGAGGACGAUAUGAAGGAAAUGCAGAACCGGUUGCAGGCACUGCGAUCGUGA